AGAUCACUUUACAAUUAUUAUAAGCCGCCAUUAAUUUCCACUAACAAAUUGCCAUCAUGAACAGAAGAACUAUAAGCAAGAAGAUCACCAAACAGAACAAGAUGAAGAGCGAAGAUAUUAAGGUUGUUUACAUCUCUAGUCCGGUAAAGGUCAAAACUUGUGCUUCCAAAUUCAAGAAUCUUGUUCAAGAACUCACCGGCCGUCACUCAGAUCUCUCCCGCUUUGUGGAAGCUAAUAACUCACUGUCUCCGGUUAGUACUGAUGUUGAUGAUCACAAACAGUACCUGUCAGUCGUCGAUUUAGUUGCCGGCGCCGGAGAUGAUAUUGACUCGUCGACGUCACCGGCUAGUUCGGAGUCUAAUUAUAAUUACCAGUUGGAUGAAGAAAGUCGACCGGUGAAUUGUUUUCAUCUUAACCAAUCAUCAGCCGACGGCUUAUCUUUAUUUGAAACCUCUUAUUCCCAGUUUGAUGUUGAUCGUUUUGGAAAUUACUGUUAUAUCCCCACUUUCUAGACAUACACUUAUAUAUAUAUAUAUAUAUAUAUAUUAUAUAUAUAUAUGCCAAAUUUUCUUUUUCUUUUUUUAUAUAGUAUUUGGUUUAGAGUAGGCUGAUAGUAGUAAACAUUUUUUUGUUUCUUACGAAUACUAAAGAUUAUUUAUUUUGUUAUAGGGUUGUAAACAAUAUAUAUGGUGUAUUGAAGUUUAUGUUUUUUUAUAUAAAACAUAUUAAAUGGUUAUUUAUUGAAUGGAACAUUUUUUU